AUGCCGCGAUUUAAUCGACGGGAACAGCUGCCGCUCCACAUCAAGCGCGCCAUUUGCGCGCACCACCUCGAACACCCCGUCCUGCGCCAUGUCGACCUAGCUCGAUGGUGUUUCUCCCAGUACGGGUUGCGCCCGGAUCGCUCUACGAUCGGCCGCAUCCUAAAAACCGCCGAGCGAUGGGAUGUGACGUCCGACGGCGCCAACCCGGUGCGCCGUCGGGCAGGCGCCUGGCCAGAGCUGGAGCAGGCCAUGGGGCGGUGGAUAGCAAACGCAGGACCCGCCGGUGUGCCCCUCACACUCCAAACCAUCCGCGACCAUGUCGCGGCGAUGGCCAGGAACAUGGGCAUUCCGCCCACCUUCCGAUGCUCGAUCGGCUGGGUGCGCCGUGCAUUGCGGCGCCAGGGCGUGAGAUGCCGUGCGGCACAGGGCGAGGCCGCCAGCGCAGAUAUGGCGGCCGUGCGCGACGCCCGUGAGAAGAUGCCGCGACUCCUCACGCAGCUCGGCGUCGCCCCGCGGGACACCUUCAACCUCGACGAGACUGCUCUCUGGCUGUCGGUGCUUCCGCGGCGCACGUACAGCAGCGGCCGCAUACCAGGCCGCAAGGUCUCGAAGGAGCGAUUGACCGUCGCAUUCCUCGUGAAUGCGGACGGUAGCCAUGCAUUCCGGCCGCUUGUGAUAAGCAAGGCGAAGAGGCCGCAUGACUUCCGGCCCGACUAUGACCCUGAGGCGCUAUGCUACUGGCGCCAUAACGCCAAAGGCUGGAUGACCUCGCCUUUAUUCACGCAUUUCAUUACUCAUCUCAACGCGGCGAUGUUUGCCGAGGGUCGCAAAAUAGUGGUGCUGCUGGACAACGCGAGCAGCCACAUGCUGCGCGCCGUAGAUGCAUGGAGCGAGAUCGUGUGCGGCGUCAGGACCACGUGCAUGAGCCACGUGCGGCUUGUCUUCCUGCCGCCCAAUACCACGGCAUUCACUCAGCCGCUUGACCAGGGCAUAAUCGCCACCGCGAAGGCCCGCUACCGCCAGCAUUGGCUGCGGGCCUUCUCGGGUUUAUGGAACGCCGACGGAGCGACUUCCGCGGUCGCUCGAUUCCGGCCGAAUCUGCGAGAUGUGCUCGAGUGGCUGUCGGAGUCGUGGACCUCCGUCGGCGCGCGCACCAUUCAACGAUGUUGGUGGCGCACGGGGUGUCUUCCCCUCUCGUGGUCACUGGAGCUGCCGCACGUGCAUGACGACGAGCCCAUCCCCGCAGCUUAUCCCGACAUCGAACUCGACGAUGACAUCGAUGAUGUCGGGACGCUUAUUAACACGCUCGACCUCGGGAAUGCGGCAAUGACGGCGGCGGAAUACGUCGCCAUCGACGACGCGGAGCCCACGUGUGCGGAAGGCACGGCACACCCGCCCGUGACAGAGGAGGAGAUGCGCUCGGAGGUGGAGCUCUGGCAGGCGCCGACGACCAUGCAGGCCGUUUACGACGACGCCGACCCCGUGUGCCGUGAAGCGCGCCGCACUGCUCGUGCGGCGUGCGAGAUGCUCAUCGGCUACGCCCGGGCCACCCGCAUCACUCCGCGCGAUCUGUGCGCUCUUUUCGACAUCCGCAAUCCAAUCAUAAUCGCGCGGAUGGAGCGGGCGAGCCCGGGAUUCAAUCUCAACGUGGCACCGCAGCCCGUACCCUCCCCCGGCGCAACCCCCACUCCCGAGACACCUCGUCCGCGGGGCCGUGUGCUGCCCGACUGGAUGACCCGCCAGUCCCGCCGUCAGCAGCUGCUUGAUGCCGGGGUGGGCGCCGUGAUGGACGGCUAUGUGGAUGCAGCGGAAUGGAUGCGUCUGUGA